UCUAAAACCUUCCAAAACUAGAGAAUAUAGAAAACAAAAAAUCAACCGUUGAUAUUCUCCAAGCGCAUACAAGUAACUGCAAAAGUGAAAGCAACGCCAACCGGAGUUCUGAGCUGACUCAUUACUGGACAUGGCCAACAAGCAAACCCAGAGAGAGAAACACUUCGUGCUAGUCCAUGGGGUUUGCCAUGGAGCUUGGUGCUGGUACAGAGUGGCCACCCUCCUCGAGUCCUCAGGCCACAAGGUCACCGCAUUGGACAUGGCUGCUUCAGGGGUCCAUUCAAAGCGACCCCAAGAUUUGAAGUCCAUUGUGGAAUAUGUGGAGCCACUUAUGGAAUUCUUGGGGAGUCUGGGUGAACGAGAGAGGGUGGUUCUGGUAGGGCAUAGCCAGGGAGGGGCUGUCCUGUCAAUGGCCAUGGAGAGAUUUCCUGAGAAAAUUGCAGUUGCUGUGUUUGCUGCUGCUUUAAUGCCUGGCCCUGAGCUCACUUAUCACUCCAUCUUUGAAGAGCAUUCUCGGAGAUUGGAAUAUGAUAUGGUUCCACAAUACCGGUUUGAUGAUGGCCCGGAUAAGCCUCCAACCUAUAUUUCAUUGGAAGACGACUUCUUGGCUUCCAAGCUCUAUCAACUCUCCCCACCUGAGGACGUGACGUUAGCGUCCUACUUGAAGCGGCCAUUUCGUCUCUAUCCUGAUCAAGACAAGAUGAAGGAGGAAGGGGCAGUCACGAAGGGCAGAUUUGGCUUGGUUCGCAGGGUUUACAUUGUAUGUGAUCAAGACCUUCUAAUAAUGGACAGCCUACAGAGAUGGAUGGUGGAGAUGAACCCGCCAGAUGAAGUGAAGGUGAUCUCUGGCUCAGAUCACAUGGUCAUGUUCUCUAAGCCCCUAGAGCUCUGUGCCUCCCUUGAAGAGAUUGCUGAACGUUAUUGUUCUUGAGGCUUGUGACACCGGUUGCAUUUUUCUCAUCAACAUGAAAAAUAAAGUUAUGAAUAAAGAGUGUGUUUGUUUCAUUAGAAAGAAGUAAAAUGCGUGUUGAAUAUUUUGUUAUCAAGAAAAAAUGUGAUUGUUGCACAUGAAAAGAGGUGAUUGUUGGACA